UAAGAUGUUGAAGUAUACAUGUUAUAUACUUGGUGAUUUCAUAUACAUAAACAUAGUAAAAGAAUUCCCCCAUCUAGUUGACACAAUCACUUCACAUAUUUAUCUUGUAUGUGUGUGUGAACAUUUAAGUUCUACUCUUCUAGCAAAUUUCAAUUAAAUGGUAGUGUUAUCAAUUGUGUAGUCACUGUGUUUGCAUUAGAUUAUCAGACCUUAUUCAUCUGAUCCUCCAACUUUUUAAGAAAAUUUUAUGCAUGUAAAAAAGGUGAAAGAAUGCUAAAAAGAGUACCUACAAUGAACCCACCACCUAGACACGAUUUUUAACAUGUUAGCAUAUUUGGUAUCUAUAAGAAAAUGCCAAAAUAUGUAUUUGCUGAACCACGUGAAAGUCAGUCAUGAUGUUUCCACUAAAUAGUACAUGCAUUUGCUAAGAAUACAUUCUCCUACAUAACUCUAACUCCACCAUCCUUUCUAAGAAAGCUAAAAAUAAUUCGCAAAUAUAAUCUUAUAUCUGUCUGGUCAUUCAGAUGUUCCAGUUGGCCCCAAUACAUCUUUUGUAGCUUUUUUAUAAUCCAGAAUCCAAAAAAGGUUCACAUUUCUUUUUGUUAGGUCUCUUUAGCUCUUAUUUUCUUUAAUCUAUUUGGUCUUCCCUGUGCAUGCAUGCCGGUGAUCAUGUGUGUGGUGUGUAUGUGUUUGGCGUUUUUGAAGAAACCAAGUUAGUAGUUUCAUAGAAUUUCUGUAUUCUGCAUUUGUCUGAUUAUUUGUUUAUAAAAUGUCCUACUUUGUGAAUUAUUCUCAUUAUAUCCUUGCGGUGCUGCUUAACUUAUUCCUCUUUUGCUGUAUUUCCUAUAAACUGAAAGUUAAAUUUAAAUGCUUGAUUUGAUUCAGGUUAAACAUUUUUGUCAGUGGGUUUUGUUUGUUUUUUAACAACAGAACAGGCCACAGACCAAACAGAUGACAGGUAGAGUUUGGAUUAUUGGCUAACAUUUUUCUAUUUGAACUUAUUGUCAUAACUUUCAUCUUUGAGAUAGACUUACUUCUGUAACUUUAAGUUCAAGCAUAACAGUAAGACUUUGAGAAAGGUCACAGACCUAGGUUGCAUCAUUUCAUUUUGGUUCACUGCCUUCUGAGAAAAUGAUUCGAAAGUUGAAGAGGCGAGAAGAGCUGAUAUAUUUAGCAAAAGCAACCCAUAGAGGAAUGAUAAGUCAAAAACCAGAAAUUUUAGAAGUGACGAUUAAAGGAUUUAGGAAAUUAUCUUCACAAAGAUUAUUCACCAGUUAAUACCGAUAGUAACAAAUACCGAUAGUAACCAUAAAUUUAGAGGACUAACAUUGUAAUGCUAAUGUUUUAUAAGGAGAAAUUAGGUACUUAGGCAGGAACAAGUUUCACAGGUAGAUGAUUAUAAGGUGAAACAAACAAGAUGUAUGUGAGUUAUAAAAAUGUUUUCACAGUAUAAAAUGUGACCGUUGAACAAUUCAUAGGAACUUUGUUCUGCCCAUCUUCUUUGUUGCAGAGAGAAUAAAUAUUUUUAAAAGAAAUGAGAGUUCUUUAUGCAUAGAAUGUGGAAUGAUUUUUUAAAAAAUUUCCCCUUCAGAACAUGGCUUCAGUUUGAUCAGGGUUUCUCAAUCUUGGCACUGGUAACAUUGGGCCAGAUAAGCCCUUGGCUGUCGGUGCAUUGUAGGAUGUUUAAUAGCAUCCCUGGCUUCUUGCCUAUAGGUAGAUGCCAGUAGUACCCUGCCGCAACCCCACCCCUAGUUAUGACUACCAAAAAUGUCUCCAAGCAUCGCCAGGUGUCUUCGGGGGGCAAAUUAUCCCUGUUAUUGUUGAGUUACAUAAAAUCCACUGGCAUAUGUGGAUUCCUUAAUGAUCUAGGUUUCCCUUUAUAUAACUUACGUAUAGCUGUUGAACACGAUUUCCUUCUGCAGGUUUUCUGCACAACUUGGACUGUGCUUAGUGUAUGUUGGAGAACCAAGGAAUAUGGUGACAUUUUGUUUUUUAGCUUUAUUGGGAAGUUUAUUGAAGGUAGAAAUGAGUUCUUCAUUUCUAAGUCAAGGUAUAGGUCUUUUGCUUUAUCUAAUCCCCCUCCCACCUCCUAAUUUGUUUGGAAAAGAACCUUAUAAGCUAUGUGUUAUGGAUAAAGUUUUUGUUAGGAAUAGUUUAAAAAUUUGUUUCAGACUUUUGAGGUGAUUUGUAUUUUGGCAUUAAGAAAAGAUAGUCUUUAAAAAAAUAGUUACUUGCUAAAGGGUUUGAUUAAAUGUUGCAUCCUCUUUGUUAAAAUUUGAUUGUCCUUAAAAUUUAACUAUAUGUAAAUUCUACCAGUGAGGAAGAUGAUGUAGGUAUCUUGUUAGGGGGAGGGAAAGGGAAUACAUGCAAUUGGGAAAAGAAGAAAGUAAUGACAAUUAUUUAAUAAAUAUAAGUUUAAAAGAUUGAAACAUCUCAAUAAUUUCAGGAGAAAGUAGAACUUUGUUUAGAUUUCUAAGACAAAUAUUUGUAGAUGUGAAGUUUUUCUGCCAAGUGGCAAAGAAGCGAAAUUGAAGAUAACUAUUAGUUAGGGGUUGAUAAGGAGAUAAUUUUAUAUUUAAAGUGAGCAGAAAGGCUCCCUAGCAUCCAGACUGUGAUCUUGGAAUACCAUUCCAUACCAAAAGGAAUUAGUGCUCCUUGGAGAAACAGCUGAUUCUCGGUCUGGGGCAGGAAAUGUAUGAGAUGAGCCUGAAACAUUUUGUUUAUCAGAUAGCCAAGAUUUUAUCAAACACUACUAAGGGUGUGUCAGAAGGACUCAGAAGCCAGUUGAGAAGUUCCCACCGGCUCAAAUAGGGCACUUUGAGUGUCAUUAAGGAUAACUACAGUGAAUCAAAACACAUAAAAUAUGCUUAAGUCUGUGAUGUGAUGUAAUGUAGUUUAAGAACAGGCUUGUUGGUCACUUGGGAGAAAAGCUAGUGAAACAAAUCAUUUUGAUCAAGCAAGAUGGAAAGAAUCAAGACUUUCACUACAUGAACUGCACCAAAUAGUAGGAUAUAUAGAAGCCAGAGGCAUAUAUUAAAUGCCAUGUGUAUGUAAUCAACGAUAUCCAGACUGUAGAAACUACACGAGGUGACCUGGUUCUUCAACAAAUAAAUUGCAAGGGGAAAAAAAAGAUGGAGGAAGAACUCAUGGCGGACACCGACCUGUUUAUGGAAUGUGAGGAGGAGGAGUUGGAGCCAUGGCAGAAAAUCAGUGAUGUCAUUGAGGAUUCUGUAGUUGAGGAUUAUAAUUCAGUGGAUAAAACUACUCCAGUUUCUGUGAGCCAGCAGCCUGUCUCGGCUCCAGUGCCCGUCGCUGCCCAUGCUUCUGUUGCUGGGCACCUCUCUACAUCCACCACCGUUAGUAGCAGCGGGGCACAGAACAGCGACAGUACAAAGAAGACUCUUGUCACACUAAUUGCCAACAACAAUGCUGGCAAUUCUUUGGUCCAACAAGGUGGACAGCCACUCAUCCUAACCCAGAAUCCAACCCCCAGUCUGGGUACAAUGGUCACUCAACCAGUAUUAAGGCCUGUCCAGGUCAUGCAGAAUGCCAAUCAUGUGACUAGUUCGCCUGUGGCCUCACAACCAAUAUUCAUCACUACACAGGGAUUUCCCGUAAGAAAUGUCCGGCCUGUACAAAAUGCAAUGAAUCAGGUUGGGAUUGUGCUGAACGUACAGCAAGGCCAAACAGUUAGACCAAUUACAUUAGUCCCAGCCCCAGGUACCCAGUUUGUUAAGCCAACAGUUGGAGUCCCACAAGUGUUCUCUCAGAUGACCCCUGUGAGGCCAGGCUCCACCAUGCCUGUGCGGCCCACCACCAACACCUUCACCACCGUCAUCCCAGCCACUCUCACCAUUCGAAGCACCGUCCCACAGUCCCAGUCUCAGCAGACCAAGUCCACUCCCAGCACUUCCACCACUCCCACUGCCACGCAGCCGACCUCCCUGGGGCAGCUUGCCGUUCAAUCUCCAGGCCAAUCCAGCCAGACCCCAAAUCCCAAGCUAGCUCCUUCCUUCCCUUCUCCACCUGCAGUGAGCAUUGCCAGCUUUGUCACCGUGAAGCGACCUGGGGUUACAGGUGAAAAUAGCAAUGAAGUGGCCAAACUGGUGAAUACUCUCAACACCAUCCCUUCCCUGGGCCAGAGCGCAGGGCCAUUGGUGGUAUCCAACAACAGCUCUGCCCAUGGCUCUCAAAGAACCAGCGGACCUGAGGCUUCAAUGAAAGUGACCUCUUCCAUCCCAGUGUUUGACCUCCAGGAUGGUGGACGGAAGAUAUGUCCACGGUGUAAUGCUCAAUUCCGUGUUACUGAAGCUUUGAGAGGUCACAUGUGUUACUGUUGCCCAGAAAUGGUUGAAUACCAGAAGAAAGGAAAGUCUCUGGAUUCAGAACCCAGUGUCCCAUCAGCAGCAAAGCCCCCAUCCCCUGAGAAAACAGCUCCUGUUGCUUCCACACCCUCUUCUACACCUAUUCCUGCUCUGUCACCACCUACCAAAGUACCAGAGCCAAAUGAGAAUGUGGGUGAUGCCGUCCAGACCAAACUUAUUAUGCUAGUGGAUGACUUCUACUAUGGAAGGGACGGUGGCAAAGUAGCCCAGCUCACAAACUUCCCUAAGGUCGCCACAUCUUUCCGAUGCCCACAUUGUACCAAAAGGCUAAAAAACAACAUUCGAUUUAUGAAUCAUAUGAAACACCACGUAGAACUUGAUCAGCAAAAUGGUGAGGUGGAUGGUCAUACUAUCUGCCAGCACUGUUAUCGUCAGUUUUCCACUCCCUUCCAGCUCCAGUGCCACUUGGAAAAUGUUCAUAGUCCUUACGAAUCGACUACCAAGUGCAAGAUCUGUGAGUGGGCGUUUGAGAGUGAGCCACUGUUUCUCCAGCAUAUGAAGGAUACUCAUAAGCCUGGAGAGAUGCCUUAUGUUUGCCAGGUGUGUCAAUAUCGCUCCUCACUCUACUCUGAGGUAGAUGUCCAUUUUCGGAUGAUCCAUGAGGAUACUCGGCACCUGCUCUGCCCUUAUUGCCUGAAGGUCUUCAAAAAUGGCAAUGCAUUCCAACAGCAUUACAUGAGGCACCAGAAGAGGAAUGUUUAUCACUGCAACAAAUGCCGGCUACAGUUUCUCUUUGCCAAGGACAAAAUUGAACACAAGCUUCAGCACCAUAAAACCUUCCGCAAACCCAAGCAGCUGGAAGGUUUGAAACCAGGCACCAAGGUGACAAUCCGGGCUUCCCGAGGGCAGCCACGAACUGUUCCUGUAUCCUCCAGUGAUGCACCUCCCGGCACCCUACACGAGGCCGCACCGCUUACCUCCUCAACAGACCCUCUGCCUGUCUUCCUUUAUCCUCCUGUCCAGCGCAACAUCCAGAAGAGAUCUGUUAGGAAAAUGAGUGUCAUGGGCCGGCAGACGUGUUUGGAGUGUAGCUUUGAGAUCCCAGAUUUCCCUAAUCACUUCCCUACUUACGUUCACUGCUCUCUGUGUCGCUAUAGCACCUGCUGCUCUCGGGCUUAUGCCAACCACAUGAUCAACAAUCAUGUUCCGCGGAAGAGCCCCAAGUAUUUGGCUUUGUUUAAAAAUUCUGUGAGUGGAACCAAGCUGGCCUGCACUUCGUGUACCUUUGUUACCUCUGUGGGAGAUGCCAUGGCUAAGCAUUUGGUAUUCAACCCCUCUCACAGAUCCAGUAGCAUCCUGCCACGAGGACUCACUUGGAUAUCUCACUCAAGGCAUGGCCAGACUCGUGACCGAUUGCAUGACCGGAACUUGAAGAAUUUGUACCCUCCCCCUUCCUUCCCCUCUAAUAAAGCUGCCACUGUGAAAUCUGCGGGCACCACCCCAUCUGAGCCUGAAGAGCUCCCAGCUCCUGUGGCCCAGACACUCCCAUCACCAGCCUCAACUGCAACCCCGCCACCAACCCCGACCCGUCCCCAGCCUUUAGCCCUUCCACCAGUGGCUGCAGAGGGGGCUGAAUGUCUGAAUGUUGAUGACCAGGAUGAAGGGAGCCCAGUCACCCAGGAACCUGAGCCAGCCUCAGUGGGUGGUAGUAGCAGUGGGGUUGGCAAGAAGGAGCAGCUGUCGGUGAAGAAGCUUCGAGUGGUCCUGUUUGCUCUGUGCUGCAAUACAGAACAGGCAGCUGAACACUUCCGAAACCCCCAGCGACGCAUCCGGCGUUGGCUUCGGCGUUUCCAGGCCUCACAGGGGGAGAAUCUGGAGGGCAAAUAUCUGAGCUUAGAGGCAGAAGAGAAACUGGCUGAGUGGGUGCUGACCCAGCGAGAGCAGCAGCUGCCUGUAAAUGAGGAGACCUUGUUCCAGAAGGCCACCAAAAUAGGACGUUCUUUGGAGGGGGGGUUUAAGAUCUCUUAUGAGUGGGCUGUGCGUUUCAUGCUACGGCACCACCUGACUCCCCAUGCUCGGCGAGCUGUGGCCCACACUCUUCCCAAGGAUGUGGCAGAGAAUGCAGGACUCUUCAUUGAAUUUGUGCAACGGCAGAUCCACAACCAGGACUUACCAUUGUCUAUGAUUGUGGCUAUUGAUGAAAUCUCCUUGUUCCUGGACACAGAGGUACUGAGCAGUGAUGACCGAAAGGAGAAUGCCCUGCAGACAGUGGGCACGGGGGAACCGUGGUGUGAUGUGGUGCUGGCCAUUCUGGCAGAUGGCACUGUCCUCCCUACCCUGGUUUUCUACCGAGGACAAAUGGAUCAGCCAGCAAAUGUGCCAGAUUGUAUAUUGCUAGAGGCAAAGGAGAGCGGCUACAGUGACGAUGAGAUCAUGGAGCUGUGGUCAUCCCGAGUGUGGCAGAAGCACACAGCUUGCCAGCGUAGUAAAGGCAUGCUUGUGAUGGACUGUCACCGCACUCACUUAUCGGAAGAGGUGCUGGCCAUGCUUAGUGCCUCUAGCACUUUGCCUGCCGUGGUCCCAGCAGGCUGUAGCUCCAAAAUCCAGCCGUUAGACGUAUGCAUUAAACGGACUGUCAAGAACUUCCUGCACAAAAAGUGGAAGGAGCAGGCUCGGGAAAUGGCAGAUACUGCAUGUGAUUCUGAUGUCCUGCUUCAGCUGGUGCUGGUCUGGCUGGCUGAGGUGCUUGGUGUUAUUGGGGACUGUCCAGAGCUAGUUCAGCGGUCCUUCCUUGUGGCUAGCGUUCUGCCUGGCCCUGAUGGCAACAUUAACUCACCUACAAGAAAUGCUGACAUGCAGGAGGAGCUAAUUGCCACCCUAGAGGAGCAGCUGAAGCUGAGUGGGGAACAAUCUGAAGAGCCCUCAGCUUCCACUCCCCGACCCAGGUCAUCUCCUGAAGAGACAGUUGAGCCUGAAAGCCUUCACCAGCUCUUUGAGGGCGAAAGUGAGACCGAGUCCUUCUAUGGCUUUGAAGAAGCUGACCUAGAUCUGAUGGAGAUUUGAGUGUUGGGGUCAUGAAGGGGGGUGUGGAGUGGGGGUGGGAAGUCGUGAGGGAGGGUAGAGGGAUUUAGGGGAAAGGGGGUAUACCAGGUGAGAUAAUUGGCUUAUAUUUUUUAAUUUUAUGCCACCACUCCCCCCAGUGUUGACUUAUACUUCCCUGUGGAUUUGUGGAUUAGGAAAACCAGUAGCGAUCACGUCUGAGCCGAUGAGCUGGCCCGUUGGUCAUUCACUUCUGCUAAAAACAGGUUUUUGUGACUUUUUUUAAAAUUUAAAUCACUGUGUUUGGUAUUUUUCUGACAAAAUCAAGAAAAAGGAAAAAAAAAUCCUUCGUGGGCGAAUGUCAAAUUUUUUGUUCCCCCUUUUACCUCAAUUGUAUCUUAGUACACCUGGAUUUUUGUUUUGUUUUACUGUGUGGCCAGUGUCUCUGGGCAUGAUGCUCUCCAAACAUUGUCAGUGUGAGAACAUUUCUGCAGAUGGGAAAGACAAAAAUUGUAGCUCACAAACUGGUUUAUUAUAUAUAUGGAUAAAAAGGUUUUUUCAUUGUGGUCUUAACACUUUUCUAUAAAAAUGAAAAUGGAAAAAAAUCCCACUGAACUCUCUUCCUUCUCCUUUCUUUCCUUCCCUCUCCAGAGAUGUUGGUUUCUACAGCAACUCUAAGAUAUAAAAUUGUGGCUUUAAAAAUGCAUGAAACCACCUUAAUCAUCCAGAAUGAUGACUAGAUUUUUUUCCUCACCACCCUCCCUCCAACAAAAACACAACAAAACCAAUAUUCUUUGCACUUGUGAUUCUUGACCCCUUUCCCCAUCUCACACCAUCACUCUGGACAGAGGAUCAUACACGUGUCAUAGCAAGCAAGAGGUACUGAGAUGAUCACACAGACCGUUAGGGUGGAUGGCUUCCAUUCCAAGUGGAUGGGUCUUCAUUCUCACAGGGGCAGCCCCUGCUCUGUUGAACUUCCUCCCGUUCAGUGGACAGCAUACCUGUUCAAGAGGUCACUUGUCCUCCAGCCAGCAGCUAAUUGUGCAAGAAUUGUAUUGAACUUUGAAGAGACCACUUGUUGAAAUCCUCCUUACCCUGUGGCUGUCCUGUUUCUCUUACUGUCCAGAGGAGAAUGUGAAGAAACAGAUGGGGUGCGCACAAAGAAAAAGACACGAAUCUUUAUUUUUCACUGCCAGCUUCAAGAAGAAAGUUUUUCUACAGUUUGCAUGAGGGAAUUUUUUUUUAAUUGUCUGUACUUAUGGUUAUAAACUGAAAUGUACUGUAACAUACAGAGAAAAGGAGCAAAAACCCAAGUCCACCUUUCCCACAGCGACACCAUUCUUCUGUCCACUCUGAAAUUUUCAGCAACAUUUCCCUGAGCCAAGGAGGCAACCUGCACAGGCUUGUAAAUGGUUCGUCUUUAAAAUGUACAUAAGUGGAGCAUUUAAUAAAAUGAGGGGAAAUGGAUUUAUAAACAAUGUGGUUUUUUUCUAGGUGACCCUAUUUGAAUAGGCCUUCACACUGGGAAAUGCUCAAGAUGUGAUAAGCCUCGUGAUACAGGUGUGACGUUCGUUACCACCUGUUUCCCCACCCAUUUUUUGUUCUGUUUUGUUUAACUCCAAGCACACUAUAAUAUAGUGAACUGGAGAGACCCCUCCCAUCAGCAGCUCGGCCAGCUUUGUCAACCUGUGGCAUCCGAAACCCAAACUGAGGGUUCACCUGGGCUUCUCUUCCCCAGCUUUUUGCCUGAUGCCAUUUUGACAGAAUAUGGACUUUCAAGUCAAAACUUUGCCUUUCAGACAGUUCAAGAACUAUGGUCAACUCUAUCUACAUCUCUGGUAGUCUGCAGCAGCCCCAGCCUCAGCAGAGCGGGGUUCCUGCCCUCUGCACACUGUAUGACUUUAUUGUUGGGUAAUUUUUUUAAGACCGUAAAACCAACAGUGGAUCAGCCAGGUUUUGACCAGGAAGUUACCUUUGUGGAUUCCGCCCGCAUGGCUUAGUAGUAGAAGGAAGUUUUUUUGUUUUGUUUUGUUUUUUAUAAUUCAGUUUAAUCAAUAAACAAGUAUUUAUUGACUA